CGGAAAAAAAUCUCAAGACUCGCAAGACAUUUUCGUUUUGCGAAGCAAGCCCAUAGGGAAAUUUGUCUUGCGAAGCAACUCAAAAACGGAAAACCCUUUCGCCUAGUGGGUUUUCCGUCUUGCGAGGCAUUCGUCUUGCGGGGCACCACUGUACAAAUAAUUUAUUAUUAUUAUUAUUAUUAUUAUUAUUAUUAUACCAUGCUGUGAUUCUAUAUAAGCAGCUAAAGGAAGGGGCGGGGGAGCAAGAUGCAGAACCAAGGGAGGCACAACCACACACCUCAACAGCACCCUCUGGCCUGACCCACAGUGACCCACCAUGGCCUCAUCCCAGCACACUUUGACCCCGCUGAUUUUAUUUUUCUUUAUUCAGCUGCCUGACAACCCAGCAGCCUGGCCCCUGUUUGCCAGCUGAUGUCACAAAGUGCCGUUUUGCAAGCAAGGGGUCCUUCUGAAACAUUUGAGAGUCGUAGGAACACUCCCCCCACCAGUGGCUUCCAGCAAGAACUUGCUUUGCAGCGAGGAAAAGACUCAGCCUGGGAGCUACCACAUCUUGGGAGGGGCUGGAGCCCAGACGAAGGACUCUUUCCUCAGAGGUAAUGGGACAGGGGGACAGACGGUUGCCUUAGGAAACACACAAGAAAGGCCUGCAGGAUCAGACCAAGGGCCUGUCUGGUCCAGCCUCCUCUUCUCCCAGGGACCACCCAGAUGCGAGUGGGAAUGCCGCAAGCAGGAUCCAAGCCCAAGAGCCCUCUGCCCACCUGGGACUUCCUGCAACAGCUUUUCUGAAGCAUUGUUUCCUCCAUCAGGACUAGUAGCCUUUUACCGCCCCCUCCUCCGUUCAGUCACCUAAUCCUCUUAUAAAGCCAUGCAGUCAGAGAUGCUCUUCUGCUGCAUCUCCUGGUCAUCUGAUGGUUCCUGACAAAAGGCAGCUCUUGUGAGCUCCGCAGUGGGAUCUACUUUCAGUCCCUGGGGUGGGUGUGACAGCUGAAUGGGGGUCUGAGGGGACGUUCUGUCCCUGGCAUUCGGUCUGUGAAAGACCAUUCACAUGUUCAGGGAUUCUUCCCUCGAAGCAGUGCAUAGCAUCGAGUUCUCCCCUGCUUCAAAGAUCCCUUCUUUCUUCCAGGAUCUCCUGUCUGUACCGCUGUGGCUGCUGCCAAAGCCACCAUGUAAAUAGAACAGGUAAGUUGAGAGUUGAGAGUACGUGUUCAGGCUGUGGAGGCACUUCUGAAAAAAGGCUGACACUAUUAAGACAGAUUUGGGAACUGGGGGACAACUUCUUUUUCCUUGACAAGAGUACAACUGUGAAGAUUACAAAACUCCCCCCUCAGUGAUUUUAUCUCCUGCAAAUUUGCACAGCAGCAUGGUGGGACAAGGCGGUAAUUGGGGAAUCCGCUGACAGUGAGAGGCCAUUCACAUGAGAACCCAUACGAUAUCCUACUUCCUCCACAGUCAUGACUCCAGGGAUGAGGCUCCAACUCCAGCUCCCGGGAUAAAGGACCAGAGGACAUCCCUGCGGUUCCUGGUUGCCAUCCCUCGCGCCUCUUCCCCGCUGCCCCUUCUCUGUGGGGCAUGGCUCCUUCCCGGCCCUGUUUGGCGCAGAAGCAGCAGCCAAAGCUUCCUCCAAUUAAGACAGCUGCUCAGCUAAUUUAUGUGAGAGAGGAGACUUUGGCUGCUGCUUCUGAGCUAGGCCAGCCGGGAUGGAGCCCAGACGCCCGUACGGAGGCCAAGUGGGGAAAGCUUCUAAGAUGAGGUAGGAGAAAAUGCUUCCCUCCCAUGUCCUUGGCCCUCAUGCCUCAGACUGGUGCUAUCUUGGAGGAGAGCCAGGCACCUGCUGAUGCCUUUGUUUGCUUUGCAGCGAGAGAAAGAAGCAGCCUGGGAACCACCUCCCUGAAGGGAAUGGAGCCCAGGAAAAGGACAGAUGAGUUGCAGGUACGGGGGAAGGGGGAAGGGGAGGCCUUAUGAAACACCUAAGAACGGUCUGCUGGAUAAGACCAAGGGCUCAACCUUUGCAGCAACAGCAUUGGAGGGGCAGGCACAGCCAACCACAUCCCUUACGCAGUAGGCAAACCCAAAUGGCCCCAGCCAAUCAGCCAAAUGGUAAAAUUCCUACCAGGCCCCUGCUCCAAAGCAGAUUACCCCAUGACAGGCAUAGCAAGGUCAGCGCAAACAAACCCUAAUUAAAGGGAGGGUGUGGCUGCUGCCAAGGCUUCCCCCCAAGUUGCUUCCAGUUCACCGCAGUUACCUUCUCUCAAGCUCAAGCUCGCCAGCUUGGGGGGGGGGGGAGGGAGCUGUAAGGCUCCACAAACCCCCAAGGGACUGAGGAGGCUUUCCCCAGUUCGAGGAGAAUUGCUGCAGCGUCUUUUGGGACCCCCAACCCAAACCGUGAGGCGAGGUGAGGGAGUCCUCUAGACAUUUAGCUGCAAAGAGAGAAUACCUUUUUAAAAAGACACCGGCAUGUGCCAGGCCUUGCAGGGCCUCCAUGCCCUCAGCUUCUAUAGCGGCUUCCUGUCCCUCAUGGGCCUCACCGUGGACUGCUACGUGGCCAUCGUGUGGGCACCCGUCGCCCACCGCCUGCACUCCUCCACCACCUGCUGGGGUCAGCUUUGCUCAGGGCUAGUGUGGCUGCUCUCCACGGGUCUGGCGCUGCCCCAUUUCUUGUAUGCCCGUGUAGAGGACUAUGGGGGCAUUUGCCUCUGCAGGGUGGUGGACGUAACAGCAGCAGUCAGCCUGGCGCAAGUGGCCUUGGGUUUUGCGCUCCCAUUCGCAGUCAUGGCGGCCUGCUACACAGAGAUCACCUGACUAAGGACUCUUGCCUCAGAGGUAAUGGGACAGGGAGAAGGAAACACACAAGAAGGGCCUGUGGGAUCAGGCCAAGGGCCCGUCUGGUCGAGCCUCCUCUUCUCACAGGCGCCACCCAGAUGCCACUGGGAAAGCAGCAAAUAGGAUUCCAACCCAAGAAGCAGUGCAUAGCGUCCAGUUCUCCCCUGCUUCAAUGAUCCUUUCUUUCUUGCAGGAUCUCCUGUCUGCCCUGCUGUGGCUGCUGCCCAAGCCACCAUGUAAAUAGAACAGGUAAGAGGAAGGGGAAAAUUGCAUGGGGCAGGGAGAACACCCUACAAGUUGAACGUACGUGUUCAUGCUGUGGAUGCAUUUCUGGGAAAAGGCUGACACUAAUAAGACGGGUUUGGGAACCGCAGCUCUCCUACAGGUGAUGCUUGAUUACAACUCCCAUUGUCCUUUUUCUCUUGCUUUUCAGCUUAAAAGGACAAAAAAAAAAAACAGUUCUUGUUCCUUAUGGGAGACAGAGAGCUUGCUUGUAAUACGCAAGGUUUCCCAACAGUCAGAGUAAAACAGAAUACAACCAAAGCAACGUGAAGCAAAGCGACAGAGACGCCUGAUCGUGGGGGCACCUGUCGCCCAUCGCCUGCACUCCUCCACCACCUGCUGGGGUCGGCUUUGCUCAGGGCUGGUGUGGCUGCUCUCCAUGGCUCUGGCACUGCCCCAUUUCAUGUACGCCCGCGUUGAGGACUACGGGGGUGUUCACCUCUGCAGGAUGGCGGACAUCACAGCGGCUGUCAGCCUGGUGCAAGUGGCCCUGGGUUUUGUGCUCCCAUUCACAGUCAUAGCGGCCUGCUACACAGCAAUCACCUGUGCUCUCCUGGCCUCCCUGUGUGCCCAGUCUCUCAAGGCCCUGCGCUUGAUUUUGGCCCUGGUCUUGGUCUUCCUGGCUUUGCAGUUGCCCUGUGCACUGCUUACCUCACUGGACAUGACCGCUUUGAUGGGACACCAGGCGUUGAGCUGCAAAGUCAUCCUCCGCCGGGACUUGGCCCUCCUCAUCACUAGUCCCUUGGCCGCCUUCUCCUGCUUUUCAGCCAAACACCCAGGUGGCCACACUGCAAAUGGAUGCUCUGCAGUUUCUGGGGUCCAUCUGGCAGCCUACAGGGGAGAUGUGACGGGCCUUGCCUGGAUGAUGACAUGGCGCAGCUCUCAGGGAAAUGCAGUGAUGCGCAAUCUCGCCCUGCCCUCUCUGGCUACCCAUAGAAUAGAAUCCUAUUAUUAUAAAUAAAAU